AGAAAAAGACUAAUGUGUAAAUUUGCUUAGGUUAGUUUAGAUUGGAUAGAGAAAGGUGUAUGAGUUUUGUUUUGUGUUGCGCCUGUGUGACUCAGCCGGGCAUGUUAAAAAAAAGCCAUCUACAUUGCUGGCGAACUUUAUGUGUAAAAGUUGUCAGCGACAACAGAUGCAUUGUUAUUUCAGCACCAACUAAAAGUACGGAGCGUGACUGGAACCUUGACCAAUGACGGUGUUUCGGGGGACAAUAUCGGGGCGUGUUUUUGUGAACUUCUGAACCGGGACUUGCCAGUACAGUGCAUGCAGGCAGGCUGCCGUUGGAUCCGUCAGAGGAACUUUGAGGGGCUCGUUCAACACCGACAGUCCUGCACAGCGGAGUCGUUUCUCGCCCUGGUAGGUUGAGUAUCGAUACUGCUCCACCGCAAUCUCCGUUUUUGAAAUUGGUAUUGCUUGGUGUUCGCCGGGGGAAAACAAGACAUCACCUGCUGUGUCGGGCGGGUGAUCCCCCAAAAGAGAAAGUUUUGCGGGAUCGCUACUUACGAAGACCGCCGACAACGAUGGAACGACUUGCCGUGUUGAUUAUCUUGGUAUUGGGUCUAGCUAGAACCUCGCAUGGACAGAUUAGUGCUUGCAACCCCAACCCAUGUCGUGAUAGUGCCAACUGUUUUGUCCGAAACAGUCAAGAGGGCUACGUCUGUGAGUGUAAUAUGCCCAAUCAGGGUGGAUUUGACUGUACAAACCAAACACAAAAUCAGGCCGUUUUCACUUGCUACGGAUCUCAGUGUUCUACUGGAAGCUUCAUGUCUGUCAACUACCCAAGUAACUACCCGGAUCGCUACAGAGCUCUGUAUCUGCUAUAUGUUCCUGGAGCAAGUGGAUUCAAUUUUAUAUUUGAUACGAUAUUUCGAAUCGAGGCGGAUAAAGAUGAGCUCUACAUUGGCAGUGGUUUAGUUCCACCCUUUAGCCAGUUCAAUGGGGUGAACACAUCUGUUGAAGGUGUCUUCUUUUUUGAAGGCCACACUCCUCCCAUGCCUUUCUCAGUCGUGAACACUGAUACAGUAUGGAUGUACUUCAUCACUGACAAAAACAUUAAUUUUCCUGGCUUCCGCGUCAGUUGGCAAACUGUUGACACAGAGGCCCCUGUGGUAUCAGGAUGCCCUGGAGACUUUACCCGAGUGACCACUGUCAAUCAACCCCUGAGGGUUUCCUGGGAUCCCAUAACAGCAACAGAUGCAAGUGAUUUCACUGUCUCUGCAAGUCACUCCUCUGGAAAUUUUUUUCCUGUUGGCCCAACACGUGUGACCUUUACAUUUGUGGAUACUGGCGGCCUGACAACCAUUUGCAGUUUUGUCAUCACUGUCGUUCUACAGGACACAUCUCCACCCGUGAUCAGUGGUUGCCCAACAAAUAUGAUUAGGACAACUACAAAUCCACUCGGCGUCACCGUGUCAUGGAUACCACCAACUGCAAGAGAUGAAAAUACCUUCACUACGCAAUCGACACAUACUCCUGGGCAGCUUUUUCCAGUGGCAACCACUGAAGUAAGGUACACUUUCACUGACGUGAAUGGGUUCUUCUCCGUGUGUACCUUUUCCAUAACCGUUCAAUUGAUCAACAGGCCACCAGUGAUUAGCGGCUGUCCAAGUGAUAGAACUUUGAUCACCAACACUUUUCAAGGGUCUGCUGCUACCACCUGGGUAGAACCUACUGCCACAGAUGAUGGUCCCAUUACUGUAACACGCACUCACACUCCAGGCCAAAACUUUCCUGUUGGCAGGACAGAAGUCAUUUACACAUUCACUGACAGCAACAAUCUGGCAUCCAUGUGCUCAUUCGUUGUCGUCGUGACAUUUGUGGAUGUCACUCCGCCAGUGGUUACUGGGUGUCCCAACUCCAUCACUGAGACUGCUCCUUUUGGUGCUGGCGUAGACUUUCCAGUGACAUGGAUAGAACCCACAGCAAAUGAUAAUACAGGAACCGUUAUGCUUAUUCUCCGAUCCCGUCAACCUGGGGACAGAUUUCCAAUUGGUCAAACAACCAGUGUUCUCUACUUAUAUGCUGAUAAUGCUGGGCUCCAAGCAAGCUGUCAAUUUGAUGUGACAGUUGUACGCCAGGAGGACAAUGUACCACCUGUCAUCAGUUGCCCAGCAAACAUCCGUCAAGAAGUCACAUCAGGGAAUGCCCCUGGAGCAAUUAUUACCUGGCAAGCAGCUACAGCCACCGAUAAUUUUGGAGUGGUUAAUGUUACUCUGACCUCAAAUCCUCCACGAUUCCCCAAUACGUUUUUCCCGUUUGGAAUCUACUUGGUUACCUACACAGCUAUAGAUGCAGCUUUGAAUUCAGUGUCAUGUACUUUCACCGUGACAGUUGGUAAGGUUUCUUUCACAAAGUUCUGAUCCUUUUUUGAAAAC